AUGCCAUUGACCACUCUGGAGUCCCUAAAACAGAGCCUUAGGCACAAGGGAACGACAACGUCAUCAUCCGCGAAGAGGCCGUUGUCUGACUCACAAUAUAGUGCUGGCUUCGAGAUCCUCUUAGGGAGUUCAGGAUGGCUGACGUACCAAGACUUUAUCAUUCCUCAACUAUCUGCACUGCUAGACCCUCUUGUCAACUCAGGUGUCCGGAUCUCGGUGCUGGAAGUCGGACCCGGUCCUAAAAGCGUACUUGGAUAUUUGCCCAGCCAUGUGAGACGUAGCAUCGGAAGAUACUCUGCGUUUGAACCAAAUGAACUGUUCGCUUCAAGGUUGAAGGAAUGGCUUCACUCUACUUCGGGGGCAGGGAUCCCACUCCCCUGUCUAGAAAGCCCGCCUGACAUCCAUCGGAUUCCAUUUGUUGUGGACAGCAGCGCCAGCUUCGACGGUAUGGGUGACGGUGCCGACAAGUUUAACGUCAUCCUAUUCUGCCAUAGCAUGUACGGCAUGAAACCGAAAAGCAGUUUCAUCAAACGGGCGCUAGAAUUGCUUGUUGAGCGGCCAGGCAGCGGAUUCGUGGUGGUUUUCCAUCGCGAGGAGACCUUGCACCUCGACAGCUUAACGUGCCACCAAACGACUUCUUUCCCUACUGGAGUCACUCGCGUGGCGGAUGACGACACGGUGCUCGACCGCUUUGCCCCUUUUAUCGCAGGAUUCACCAUGCAGGAUGAGCACGCGGACAAGUCCACCCGAGCCGAGUGGCGCAAGGUGUGCCGCACUUUGGGCCAUCGUGAGCAAGGCCAUCAAGACCAGCUCCUAUUCAGCUCGCCCGAAAUCAUGGCGGCCUUUACUCGGCAUGCGACAGCGCUCACAGAACUGACGUCGCAGGUGCCAUUAGGAACGGGAGAUGGAGCGAAAAACCGCCAGGCUCGCCUCCGCCGUCCGGCCUCCAUCGUUAGGCCGACCGAUAUUCGACACGUGCAGCAGUGCGUCUGUUGGGCUUUGGAUCACGGCGUCGGCCUGACCGUAAUCGGCGGGGGUCAUAGCGGCCAUUGCCUCUGGCCCAACGUCGUCUCCGUCGACAUGGGCGCGUUUGACCAAGUACACAUUGUCCAAGCCAGGGGCGAGGGAGGAUCCGGACCUAACUUCGACUCCGGUUUCUUGGUUGUUGCCCAGGCCGGCUGCAAGACCGGGGACAUCGUCCGCAAGGCCAUGGCAGCGGGCCUGACUGUGCCCAUGGGUGCGCGCCCAAGCGUAGGCGCAGGGCUGUGGCUACAGGGCGGUAUUGGGCACCUGGCUCGGCUUCAUGGACUCGCGUGUGAUGCCAUCGUUGGUGCCGUCAUGGUCAGCGUCGCCGAUGGUCGCGUCCUCUGCAUCGGCAGGGUACCUAGCCAACACCGGCCGAUCGAUGCUGUGUGUCCGGAUAACGAAGACGAUCUAUUAUGGGCGAUGAAAGGAGCUGGGACCAACUUUGGUGUCGUAAUAAGCGUUACUUUCAAGGCUUGCCUGGCUCCGGUCUACUCGAUCCGAAAUUGGGUUAUUCCGCUAAGCGACAGGUGUGAAGCGCAACUCAGACUCGGUGAUUUCGAUAAAUUGGUCGCCGCCAAGUCCCCGCGAAAUUCUUCUGUAGAUGCGUAUCUCUAUUGGGAAAGGGACAUGCUGUGCCUCGGCGUUUCCAUGAUCGAAUCUUCCACAUCUAAGCCCGCCUUCGGAGCGCCGACAGACACGCCCACGCCCAUGAGUAGACUUUUUGGACCCGAAGACAAUUACAAUACUGUAAAUGGCGUCGGUUUGUUUGAGACGGAAAUGUACAUGUCUGGCAUGCAUGGUGGGCAUGGCGGCGACAAGACCUCGUCAUUCAAGCGAUGCUUAUUCCUCAAACAUAUCGGGCAAGCCAACAUGAUCGAAAUCUUGGUAACAGCAAUUGAGACUCGUCCCUCGCCGCUCUGCUAUCUCCAUCUUCUGCAAGGCGGCGGAGCAGUCUGCGAUGUAGCAGCUGACGCCACUGCUUUCGGGUGUCGCGACUGGGAUUUUGCUUGUGUGGUGACUGGCGUCUGGUCCCGCGACCAAGAUGGAACCGAAGCUGUUCAAGCUGCCGUACAAUGGGUGUACAACGUCACCGCAGAGUUAUUGCCCUUGAGCAGCGGAGUCUACGGCGCCGACCUGGGGCCGGACCCCAGAGACGCCGCUUUGGCAACCAAAGCUUUCGGUCCAAACCGGCUGCGCCUGAUCCGCCUCAAGCAGAUCUCGGAUCCGCGAAAGGUCCUGGCUUACGCUUGUCCACUAGUCAAAGCACCAAUGGCGCCGACGCUCAUCAUUCUCGUUACGGGCGAAAGCUGCGCAGGCAAGGAUUAUUGCGCCGACAUCUGGGUCUCCGUCAUCACCAGAUGUGCCUCCAUGAAGCUCACAGCACGCGUAAUCGGCAUCGGCGACACGACCAAGCGAGAAUAUGCAGAGGCUACUGGGGCCAAUCUCCAGCGCCUGCUUCGGGACCGACGCUACAAAGAACAACACCGGGCUGCGUUGACGGCAUUCUUCCAGGAACAGCUACGCCAUCGACCUUUGCUGCGGGAGGAGCAUUUUCUGAAUGCGGUGAAAGACGCCAUGGAUAUGGACGUGCUGCUCAUCACAGGAAUGAGGGACAAGGCACCCGUCGCAGCCUUUUCGCACUUGGUGCCAAGCAGCAGACUGCUUGAGGUUAGAAUUCAAGCUAGUAAUGAAACGCGACGGGCUCGUGGAAGCUGCCAAAUCAGCGGCGACAAUGACGACGGCACGGAGUGCUACCCACCCAGUUUGCUCUUCCACAAUGACUCGAUUGGCAAUGAGGCGGCCAAGGAGUUUGCCCAAACCUAUCUGCUUGCCUUCUUCCACGAGAAUCUACAGCGACUGGCCAGCAUGGUACGCCCGGUGCCUGGCUUCCCACGUCCUGGUAUCGAAUUCCGCCACGUGCUUGACAUCUCCCAGCAGCCAGGCGGGCUGGACUUGUGCACGUCCCUGCUCCAAGCUCACUUUACGGGUGACUGGGCCAAAGUUGAUUUGGUGGCGUGUUGCGAGGUUGGCGGCUUUGUCUAUGCGUCGGUCUUGGCCUUGCGUGUCGGCGCGUCUCUAGCCUUGAUUCGCGAAACCGGCAAGCUCCCUCCUCCCACGAUUUCCGUCCGCAAAACCUCAUCACACAUCUCGUCCUGCGCCUCUCACGAUGCGGGGGAGAAAGGGAUCGAGGUGGGCCUGAAUAUAGUCCCAAGCGGCGCGUCCGUCGUGGUGGUGGACGAUGUGCUUGCCACUGGGGAAACGCUUUGUGCGGUGCUGCAGCUUCUAGAUGAAGCCGGAAUCAGUGCUGACAAGGUCAGCGUCAUGGUUGUGGCAGAGUUCCCUAUUCACCGCGGCCGGGAACUGUUGCGUCGGCGUGGUUUUGGGGGAGCCAGGAUCCAGAGCCUGUUGGUCUUUGACGGUGCUUGA